GCUUCGUGCGUACGCAGCUGUCAGAGCGGUUUGCUAAUGGUGGUUGUGUGAGGGACAUUCAGAUGACUUUGUGCCGUGUUUAGCAGCGCGGUUUAAUCGCCGGUUUAUUUAUUUUUGACAGGCAGCAAUUGCUAAAACGCAAUGGAGGCUCUUAUUCCUGUCAUUAACAAGCUCCAGGACGUGUUUAACACCGUGGGCGCGGAUAUCAUUCAUCUGCCGCAGAUCGCUGUGGUCGGGACGCAGAGCAGUGGGAAAAGCUCCGUGUUGGAGAGUCUGGUUGGCAGGGAUCUCUUACCUCGCGGUACUGGCAUCGUGACGCGCAGACCACUCAUCCUGCAGCUGGUGUAUGUGGACCCCGAGGACAGGAGAAAGACGAGUGAGGAGAACGACCCCAAUUCCUGGAAAAAUGGACGCCUUUAUAAAGGUGUGGAGAGUGAAGAAUGGGGUAAAUUUCUACACACUAAACAUAAGAUCUACACAGAUUUCGAUGAAAUCAGGCAAGAAAUUGAAGCUGAAACAGAAAGAAUUUCUGGCACCAACAAGGGCAUCAGCAAUGAGCCGAUCCACUUAAAGAUCUUCUCUCCUCAUGUGGUGAACCUCACGUUGGUGGAUCUGCCUGGUAUCACAAAGGUUCCUGUUGGUGAUCAGCCCAAAGACAUAGAGGUCCAAAUCCGUGAGCUUAUUCUGCAUUACAUCGGCAACCCAAACUGCAUUAUAUUAGCCGUUACAGCCGCCAACACGGACAUGGCCACGUCCGAGGCCCUCAAAGUGGCUCGUGAGGUCGACCCCGAUGGCCGAAGGACACUGGCUGUGGUGACGAAACUGGAUCUGAUGGAUGCUGGCACAGACGCCAUGGACGUACUCAUGGGCAGAGUCAUUCCUGUUAAACUGGGACUCAUAGGAGUUGUCAAUAGGAGUCAGCUUGAUAUCAACAACAAGAAAUCAGUGACUGAUGCUAUCCGUGACGAGUAUGCCUUCCUCCAGAAGAAGUAUCCUUCCUUAGCUAGCAGAAACGGAACCAAAUACCUGGCCAGAACGUUGAAUAGGUUGCUGAUGCACCAUAUUCGGGAUUGCCUGCCAGAGCUGAAGACGCGUAUCAACGUCCUUGCCGCUCAGUACCAGUCUCUGCUCAGCAGCUAUGGGGAGCCCGUGGAGGACAAGAACGCCACCCUGCUGCAACUCAUCACCAAGUUCGCCGCAGAGUACUGCAACACUAUCGAGGGAACAGCCAAAUACAUCGAGACUGCUGAACUGUGUGGUGGUGCCAGGAUUUGCUAUAUUUUCCACGAAACGUUUGGGAGGACGCUGGAGUCGGUCGAUCCUCUUGGUGGACUUACGACCAUAGAUGUGCUCACAGCCAUCAGAAACGCCACGGGUCCACGUCCUGCUCUGUUUGUGCCCGAGGUGUCGUUUGAGCUGCUGGUGAAGAGACAGGUGAAGCGUUUGGAGGAGCCCAGCUUGCGUUGUGUGGAACUCGUACAUGAAGAAAUGCAGCGAAUCAUCCAGCACUGCAGUAAUUACAGCACCCAGGAGUUGCUGCGCUUUCCGAAGCUCCACGAUGCCAUAGUAGAAGUAGUCACGUCUCUCCUGAGGAAAAGACUUCCCGUCACUAAUGAGAUGGUUCACAACUUGGUAGCUAUCGAGUUGGCGUACAUCAACACCAAACAUCCAGACUUUGCAGAUGCCUGUGGACUCAUGAACAACAACAUAGAGGAGCAGAGGCGUAACAGAAUGAGAGACCUCCCCCAGGCUGUACCUCGAGACAAGACUCUGAAGGGUCCCGGUGGCCAGUCUCUGCCCCCCAGUGAUCAGACCUUAACUGAGGGCGAUGUCGCUAAGGGCACCAGCGCUCAGGCUGAUCAUGAAACGGGCACAGGGACCUGGAGAGGCAUGCUGAAAAAAGGAGAAGAGGGUCAGUCAGAUGAGAAGCCGAAGCAGCCGGGUCCUCUGCCAGCCAGCCCUCAGAAAGGCCAUGCAGUCAACCUACUAGAUGUGCCUGUACCGGUUGUCAGGAAACUCUCAGCUCGUGAGCAAAGGGACUGCGAGGUCAUUGAGAGGCUCAUUAAGUCCUACUUCCUCAUCGUACGCAAGAACAUACAGGACAGCGUACCAAAGGCAGUGAUGCACUUUCUGGUGAACCAUGUGAAAGACAGUCUGCAGAGUGAGCUGGUAGGACAGCUGUAUAAAUCAGGCCUGCUCGCCGAUCUGCUCACUGAGUCAGAGGACAUGGCACAGCGCCGCAAGGAGGCCGCAGACAUGCUGCAGGCCUUACAGAAAGCCAGUCAGGUCAUUGCUGAGAUCCGGGAGACGCACCUGUGGUGAGGAUUCAUACCUGCUGCGCAGCCUCGUCUCACUCAGCCCACUGUCUGCAUCCAGCCUCUGGACGUUUCAGACAGGACAACUUGAAAAUGCACUGGUGUUAGCUUGUGUGUGUUCAUAACGUCAAUAGUUUGAUAAUGUCACACACACACACACAAACACACGCCAUGGACUGUCAUUGAAGUACACUGAGGGCAGCACAUGCCAUUUUGUUACACACAUACACACACUGUCCCACUGUCCACGCUAGUGGUGUCUUUCAUAAUCUUAUCUCAUAUAAAACAACCAUGCACGCCUCAUUUUCAUGUGUGGCUUACCAAGCACUGUAUGUCCCAGAUGUAGCUUCAAUUAAAGCUAGAAAUGUUAAACGAG